ACAAGAGGCGAGCACUGGUCGCUCACCAGUGCCGAUCAUCGCGUUACCGCUCGCGAAAGUGAAUUUGAUUUUACCAUUUCAUAAUAUUACUCUACUACUGUCAUUGUAUUAUUUUUUUUUCCGAGUGAUUUAGACGUCGCCGUAUCUCAUACACCAUUACCACUGUUAAAUUUUAUUGAACGCGGUCCUCGUCAAGAUGAAGAUCUAUCUACUCGCUUCCGUCUUGCUCAUCGCCGCAUACCAAGUUCACGGCCAGAGGGAAGAGUUCAAGUGCCCGGACGACUACGGGUUCUACCCACACAGCUCUUCGUGCGACAAGUACUGGAAGUGCGACAACAACGUGGCCGAGCUAAAGACUUGCGGUAAUGGUCUGGCGUUCGACGACACCGACCCCAAGUACCUGAAAGAGAACUGUGAUUACUUACACAACGUUGACUGCGGCGCUAGAUCACAAUUGGAACCUGCCAUCAGCACGCCUCACUGUCCUAGAUUAUACGGAAUCUUCCCUGAUGACGUCAAGUGUGAUACCUUCUGGAACUGUUGGGGAGGUGAAGCCAGCAGAUAUCAAUGUUCUCCGGGUCUAGCUUACGAUCGCGAAUCCAGAGUGUGCAUGUGGGCCGACCAAGUACCUGAAUGCAAAGUUGAAGAAGUAGCAAACGGUUUCAACUGCCCGGCCGCUGGUGAAGUAUUGGCUUCCGUAGGAUCUUUCAGUAGACACGCUCACCCAGACGACUGCAGAAAAUACUACAUCUGCUUGGAAGGCACACCCAGAGAAUACGGUUGCCCGAUCGGCACAGUUUUCAAGAUCGGCGAUUCCGACGGCAGUGGAAGCUGUGAAAACCCCGAGGACGUUCCCGGAUGUGAGGACUACUACGGCGACUUGGACCUGAAGGCGAUCAGGAAGAGCGAACUAUUGUCCGGACUGGACAACAAGUCGAAACAACAAUCAUCUUCGGCCGAGUCCAAGCCCGCACCGGCGGCACCCAAGGCACAGCCACAGAGGCAACAACAGCAGUCAAACAGGCCGCAACCCCAACAACAGCAGUCCAGCAGGCCACAACCCCAACAACUUCCCGUCUCCUCGCAGUCGUCCAAAGACUACGAAGACGCUUAGACGAGAGGACAACAGUGGCAGCGGCGUAACUCGCCCGCGGUGACGGACACACAUACACAAACACACAAACACACUGACUUUUUGAAUUUUUUUUUUUUUAGAACUUACGGUUUUUGAAUUGCGUGAGCACCGAAUUUUCUCUCCUUCCCUCCAACCCAUGCUAUAUCACAUACUGUCCUCGGUCCGACGCGUAUAAAAAUAACGAUUUAUGUACAGAGGAUAUAUAAGCAGGUGCUCACACAAUUUAAUACGUUUUUUUUUUUUUUUAAUUAUUAUUAUACUUAGUAUUAUUUUGUUUCCUUUUUUUUUAUACGCUUUUUUUUUUUUAAACGACGUCGUACUCGAAUUCGACCGACUGUUCCGUCCGUUCCCCUAAUCCCCUAUGUAAUUUAUCCCUGUUCCCGUGAUUAAUUGUAAACAAUUACGGUAAACACAUUUAUGCGACGGUGGCGGCUGCAGCUGCAACCGCAAAUUGCUACUUUUACUGCUGCCGCUGGGCACUCCUAUCACCAAUACACACACUUGUUAAUAUAAUUAUUUUCGUAUUUAAGUGCAAAAAUCAAAAAAAAAAUAUAUACAUAUAUAUUUAAUUAUACCCGAUAGUUUAUUCACAACACGAUAUGUGCAUUUAUUACUUCAUAGAUGUAUUAAAACCCCAAUCGUUAUAUUUUAUUGGUAGGUAAAUCCACAUUGUCCCGUUCACGAUAAAUUGCAGUUUUAAAUAUAUAUGUAUAAAAUAAUUAAUUCAAUUUAUAAUAAAUUACUAUAUGAAAAAUAUUUUGUACA